UGCGUUUUGACUUGCUACAGUUAGUCUUUGGAUCUCUUUCUAUAAAUGUUUUUGUUUUCCUGUAGUCUUUCAAGGUCUCUGCUUUACAGGAAAAAAACUGGUAGUUUGUGGGAGAUGAGUGGGAAUUCUUGCUGUCCUUUGUUUCUACUUUUCAUAAUCACUUUUCAUUCUUGCUUGAUUUAUGAGGUUGCUUGUGAACAUGAUCCGCUGAUUAGAUCACAAAGGGAAGCACUGGAGAUAAUCAAUGGUGGCGGUGGCUAUACUCCUGCUCCUCCUCCUGAAAAUGAGGGUUGGCAGCCUCCUCCACCCCCUCCAGAACCCAUUUGUCCUCCACUGCCACCUCCUCCUCCUCCACCCCCUCCAAAACCCGUUUGUUCCCCACAGCCACCCCCUCCAAAACCCGUUUGUCCCCCACCACCCCCACCACCACCACCACCUCCUCCUCCUCCUCCUCCUCCUCCAAAACCCGUUUGUCCACCACCACCACCACCACCCCCACCCCCACCCCCACCACCACCUCCUCCUCCUCCGGCCUUAUCCCCAAAUAUCAUAAGGGAUUAUAAAACAAUUAAGGAAUUCAGGAACAAAAUUAUUAACGAUCCCAAGGGCAUUACAAGAUCAUGGAACAGGGCGGACAGAAAUGUCUGUAGAUAUACUGGAUUUGCAUGUGAUUUCAGGCCUGAUACUGGUGUGCAAGCUGUGGCAGCAGCAGAUUUCAACGAUUACAACUUUGGUGGCCCUGACCUUCAGAUCAAAGAGUUCCUUGAUAAAUUAGUGGACUUAGCUAUCUUCCAUGCAAACUCCAACAAUUUCACCGGGCUUGUGCCGACUGAUAUAGGAGUUGAAAAAAUCAAUUUCUUUUACGAGCUCGAUCUAAGCAACAACAAGUACACGGGUGGAUUCCCCAUGUCAGUUCUUGGUGCCAAAAACUUGACCUUCUUAGACAUCAGGUUCAACUCAUUUUCCGGGCCAGUUCCAAGACGAGUGUUCAAUCUAGACCUGGACGUGCUUUUCCUCAACAACAACCAAUUCACUCAACAGCUUCCUGAUAAUAUUGGCUCUACCCCAGCCUUAUAUCUCACUUUCGCUAACAACCACUUCACUGGGCCUAUUCCAAGGAGCAUUGGCAGAGCUAAAAAUCUACGUGAGGUGCUUUUAUUGAACAACCAGUUCAGUGGGUGCUUGCCAUACGAGAUUGGAUUCUUGAAAACAACCACUGUGUUUGAUGCAAGCUGCAACAAGCUGACUGGCCCGAUACCGCUCUCAUUUGCCUGCUUGACAAAGAUACAGAUCCUGAACUUGGCUAAGAAUGAGUUUUAUGGACCGGUGCCGGAAAUGGUGUGCAAGCUCCCAAAUCUGCAAAACUUGUCAUUGUCCGGCAACUAUUUCACUCAGGUCGGACCUGAGUGCAGGAAGUUGUUUCGGUUGAAGAGACUUGAUGUUAGAAAGAACUGCAUUUUAGACCUUCCAAAUCAGAGAACAGCAGAAGAGUGUAAAGAAUUCUUCUCCAAGCACAGGCAAUGUCCUAAUGAGAAGUCACUCUUCAUUAUUCCUUGCAGUAAGAACCAUCGCAACACAGCAGCCAAGUUUGAUCAGCAAUCAACAGUUGCAGCUCCACCACCUAGAUCAUAUGAUGCUCUUUCACCACAAAAUAAGUUGCGAUUUUAAUUUCAGGAUUUGCUUCUCGAUGGGCAUUGUGUCUACGUUAUUAUGUAUACAAAUAUAGACUUAAUUCCCUUA